AUGUCUGAAGUUAUCACAAUUACCAAGCGGAACGGUGCCUUUCAAAAUUCAUCUAACCUGUCCUAUAACAACUCAGGGAUAUCAGAUGACGAAGACGAUGAACAAGAUAUAUAUAUGCGGGAUGUUAACUCAGCUUCUAAAGAUGAGUCUGAUUCUCAAAUUGUGACACCAGGUGAACUGGUCACUGACGACCCUAUCUGGAUGAGAGGUCACGGUACGUAUUUUCUUGAUAAUAUGACUUACUCCUCCGUUGCCGGUACCGUAUCGCGUGUCAAUAGGCUGCUAUCGGUUAUUCCAUUGAAAGGCCGUUAUGCUCCAGAGACCGGUGAUCACGUCGUAGGAAGAAUUGCUGAAGUGGGAAAUAAGAGAUGGAAAGUGGACAUUGGCGGUAAGCAACAUGCAGUGCUUAUGUUAGGCUCUGUGAAUUUGCCAGGUGGUAUUCUAAGAAGAAAAUCUGAAAGUGAUGAACUGCAAAUGAGAAGCUUCCUCAAAGAAGGUGAUCUACUGAAUGCAGAAGUUCAGUCAUUAUUCCAAGAUGGUAGUGCAUCCCUACACACCAGAUCUCUAAAGUAUGGGAAGUUAAGAAAUGGUAUGUUUUGCCAAGUUCCGAGUUCUUUAAUCGUCAGAGCCAAGAACCAUACUCAUAAUUUGCCCGGCAACAUAACCGUGGUUCUCGGAGUCAAUGGUUACAUAUGGUUAAGGAAAACAUCUCAGAUGGAUUUAGCAAGGGAUACGCCGUCCGCGAACAACAGCGCCUCAAGUAAAUCGCCUGGGCCUACUGGUGCAGUAUCAUUGAAUCCCUCAAUCACAAGACUAGAAGAAGAAUCUUCAUGGCAAAUAUACUCCGACGAAAACGACCCUUUGAUAUCGAACAACAUACGACAAGCAAUUUGCCGAUAUGCGAACGUGAUAAAAGCGUUGGCGUUCUGCGAAAUUGGCAUCACUCAACAGCGUAUAGUGAGCGCUUACGAAGCUAGUAUGGUCUACUCAAAUAUAGGUGAACUGAUUGAGAAAAACGUAAUGGAAUCCAUAGGCAGUGAUAUUCUAACCGCCGAAAAAAUGAGAGGUAACGGCAACUAA